AUGACGUUCACCCUAAAGCCACUUAAAUUGCCUCUGCUUAGGUUGUUUCGGUCAGCCCCUUGCCAAUCCCUGUAUAACAUUGCUAGCGCUCUCCGAGCCUCCCAACCCGCUGAGGAGCGUGCGCCUCACUAUGACCCUAAGCAUUUCUAUCCAAUGCAGAUACCUACGAUACUUGCAGAAAGAUGGCGCUGGCUGCCCCCACGUUAUAUGGCGAUAAAGGUCAAUGCAAACAAGCAUUCUAAAAAGUCUGCAGAGAAGGAAUUGCGCAUCACGGAGCGAAUCACCCAAGCAAAUAGCCGCGAAGGUCGGUAUUGUGUUCGCACGUUACUCGACUCAUUCGACUUACCGGGGCCGCAUGGAAAUCAUGUCUGCAUGGUCAUCGACCCCUUACAUGAGCCUCUAUGGAUGAUUAAAAGAAGUUUCCAGGGCAGUCUCCUUCCUAAUGUCCUAAGAGCUAUUGCUCGGAUGGUCAUCAUGGGUCUUGAAUAUCUUCACACCCAGUCGAAUGUUAUCCAUACAAGUUGCUUCAGCAAAAAGCAUUCACUGUUCGAGUUUUAG